AUGCAGGCGAGGCGCCUGGCCAAGCGCCCCAGCCUGGGCAGCCGCCGCGGGGGCGCUGCGCCCGCUCCCGCCCCCGAGGCCGCCGCGCUGGGGCUCCCGCCCCCCGGCCCCAGCCCGGCCGCCGCACCGGGCAGCUGGAGGCCGCCGCUCCCGCCGCCGCGCGGGACCGGUCCCCCGCGCGCCGCCGCCGCCUCGUCGCCGGUCCUGCUGCUGCUGGGCGAGGAGGACGAGGACGAGGAGGGCGCGGGCCGGAGGCGCAGGGCGCGCGGGCGGGUGGCGGAGAAGCCCCGAGGGGGCGCGGAGGAGGAGGACGACGAGGAGGAAGAGGACGAAGAGGUGAUCGUCGAGGUGGUGGACGGCGACGAGGACGACGAGGACGCCGAGGAGCGCUUCGUGCCCCUCGGACCCGGCCGUGCGCUUCCCAAGGGCCCGGCCCGGGGAGCCGUGAAGGUGGGGAGUUUCAAGCGAGAAAUGACCUUCACAUUUCAAUCAGAGGACUUGAAACGUGACUCCAGUAAGAAAAUGUCUCACCACUUGUUCCCACUGGCCAUGGAGGAAGACAUGAAAACAGUGGACACCAAAAAAGCCAACCGGAUCCUUGACCAAGAGAAAGAAAACACUCGAUCCAUUUGUCUCCUUGAGCAAAAGCGGAAAGUGGUUUCCUCUAAUAUCGACGUCCCUCCAGCAAGGAAGUCUUCAGAGGAACUGGAUAUGGACAAGGUGACUGCGGCAAUGGUGCUAACCAGCUUGUCAACCAGCCCUUUGGUCCGAAGCCCUCCUGUGCGACCUAAUGAGGGCCUCAGCGGGUCCUGGAAGGAGGGUGCGCCAUCCAGCAGCAGCAGCAGCGGCUAUUGGAGCUGGAGUGCCCCCAGCGACCAGUCCAACCCGUCCACACCUUCGCCACCGUUGUCCGCCGACAGCUUCAAGCCCUUCCGAAGCCCCGCGCCACCCGAUGAUGGCAUCGACGAGGCAGAGGCCAGCAACCUGCUCUUCGAUGAGCCCAUUCCCAGGAAGAGAAAGAACUCCAUGAAGGUGAUGUUCAAAUGCCUUUGGAAAAACUGUGGCAAGGUGCUGAACACGGCAGCCGGUAUCCAGAAGCACAUCCGGGCCAUCCACCUGGGGCGAGUUGGAGAAUCUGACUACAGCGAUGGAGAAGAGGACUUCUACUACACCGAGAUCAAGCUCAACACGGACUCAGUGGCUGAGGGCCUGAGCAGCAUGGCCCCAGGGUCGCCCUCCCAGUCCCUGGCUUCACCUCCUACGUAUCCUGUCCCAGACUCCAGCCGAACAGAAAGUCCUUGUGCCAAAACAGACACCAAGCUGAUGACGCCGCUGAGCCGCUCAGCCCCAACCACCCUCUACCUCGUGCACACCGACCACGCUUACCAGGCCACACCCCCGGUGACCAUUCCGGGAUCUGCUAAGUUCACCCCCAACGGCAGCAGUUUCAGCAUUUCCUGGCAGUCCCCUCCAGUCACUUUCACCGGUAUUCCCGUGUCUCCAACACAUCACCACCCAGUGGGCUCGGGAGAGCAGAGACAGCACGUCCACACGGUCCUGUCCUCCCCACCCAGAGGGACCGUCAGCCUAAGGAAGCCUAGAGGCGAAGGCAAAAAGUGCCGCAAGGUUUAUGGGAUGGAGAACCGGGACAUGUGGUGCACUGCCUGCCGCUGGAAGAAGGCCUGCCAGCGCUUCAUCGACUGAGCCAGGAAACAGGCUCCACCUAGCCAUUCCUGCCUCACCUUCCACUGCAGGUGAUGGGGAAAGCCUCUCCUUCCAAAGGAAGCCAUUCAAGGCCCAGGGAAAGCCCUUCCUGGAAUUCUGGGAAUAUAAUUCCUUGGUGGAAUUAAAGCAAAAAAAAAUCAGCACGUGCACUGCUCUGAGAACCCGAGCGAGAGCAGCCAGAAUGACCUUUUCCUUCAGAAGAAAAGUCAGCUUUGUACGCUCUCCGUCUGGUCUUAAAACUGGACUUCUGUAGCAACUUAACCUACCAGGCCCAUUUUACCUAGAAAGAUUUUGAUAAGCUUUCUGAAUUGUGGUAUUUUCAAGGGUUUUUGACACUUAAACAGUAUGCCCAUAAGCUAUACAGUACACCCAUAGCUACACAAUAUUAGCUAGCAUUUGUACAAAGGAUAACCUACCUACCUUGUGAAUAGGCGUUUCCCUGUUUUUCAUUCAACUCCUUGGAGCAGUCUGGAUCAUGAUGUAUUUCAAGAGCGAGCUGCACUCUGGCUAUCUUUUCUAUAUCUGUUUGGUUUUCAAGAAGGACCCCAGGAGGAACCGUUGUAAAGAUGUUAGCUUGGAGGCCCCAGGUAGCAUAAGGCCAAAAGUGACGGGCAGUGGGAAUCACCAGUAGACUUCAGCUGCAAGCUGAGACCAGGAUGCCAGAAGCACGGCAGAGAGAACCUGGGAGUCGUCCUUGGGGCCCAGGUUGUGGCACAGCUUCUUCUCUGUCUGCCGCUUCUCAGCUGAGAACUGGCACCGGGAGCCAUCUGGUAAGGCUCAAUGCUUCUUUCAGGGAUGUCACACGAACUACAGCUUUGUCUUGUCAAGACUGUGGCCAGGACCGUAGGUUGUCAUCCUGCUCUCCAAACCCCACCCAGGUAGAAAUCUCCAGACUGGCCCCACAGCUUUGCUUCGAGCAGAGCAUGGCUGACAUGCCCCCAUCUGGAGAAAAUCCCACUAGGGCAACAAACAAACUUCCAUUCUGAGCGCACUUUUACAGAUUUCAUGCUUUACAUGUCUAGGAGAUGAGUUAGUGGCACAGUGACAUUCAUGGAUAAUGGAGAUCUAAACCUUUUCAUUUCUUAUAAAAUAUUGGAGCGAUGAAUUAUGAAUUUGCUCAGAAACUAACCUUUGGGAUGCCCAAAGGAAAAUGCAUCUUGUAUAGGACUCUCUCCAUUCAGUAGGGCCAGGGCUUGCACUGGGUCCCAGCUAUUGGAAUGUCUAAAUUGGUGGACUUGCCUGUCUGGGGGGUGGAGCAUGGAGAGCAGCCACCAAGCCUCGUCAUCGGAACGCUUGUUCUGUCUGCCCUCCUUAAAGAGCUGGGUGUCCUGUACCUAUGCAAAGUAAGAGCACCUUAUAGGAGGCACUGGGUAGGGAUGGGAACGUGGUGUCGGCCAUACGAAUGUUAAGUGAAAUUGCACAGAGGAAAGCUUAAUAUAUCUUUAAAGAUUGUACAUAGUGCUUUUUUACAGAGUAGAAAGAAGUCAUCUAGUAUCAGAGACACCUCUUAUUUUCUGUAAGGGGUAUAUGGAGGCUCUGCAGCGCCACACCCUUAAUUUGUGCAACCAUGUAUUUUGGCAAUUUUAUUUUUUGAAUUCAUGUGACUUUUAAAAAGAUUAUUUCUUGAAAGAGGUCCUGAUCUUUUCCUUCAGAUAUUUAAAAGAAAAAAAAAAAAACUCACUUAUCUCAAGAGAAAAGAAAACGCGCUUUAUCCGAUUCCCCAUAGGUUAAUAGUCAACAUCAGCCACACCAGCUCUCCUAGAUGUUUUCACCUGCAACCAGGAAACAGCAUUUUUUUUUAAAUGCAGAGCUGUUUCUUCCCCCUGGGCAUGUCCUCUCUCCUGUAUCCUGUAUCCUCACUGCUGUGAAAUGAUGUCCUAGCUGGUCCAAGAGGCCCCGUGCCACACGGAGAUUGUCAUGGUCAGCUGUUGGAUCACAGUCCCCAUGGGCUUACAUAAGAGAUGAAUCUUAGGCUAUAGGUUUUCCUCCUCAGCAAAGUUCCCUGGAAUUUUGUUUUGUUUUGUUUUGUUUUUUUAAUCUCAAAUGAAGACUUUAAUCAAAGUACUACAGUGAUGUGAAGUUAAACCCAUCUUCUCUUGAAGAACUUUGGGAUGAAGGAUGCUCUCUGCAUGAGAGCAUUCCUUAAGCAAGGCACCGUGGCUGUCUCCCCCAGAGACACAGCCCAAGGGUAGUUCUGCUUAACUGUGCACAUUGUCAGCAAAAUCAUGAGACCGAAUGCACCUGACCUGGAUCCCUGAUUUUCCCUAAACCUGUCGUCAUACCAGCUCUUCUGCAUCUCCAGCCCAGGCAUUGUGUCUUCUCGUCCAGCUUCCAGGUGCAGACCAAUCCUGAGCCCAGUUCUGGACACAUAUGCCCAUUCAUUCCCCUUGUGGAAAGGCAAAAUCUCCAGGGGACCGGAAGGCUCUGAGUUGCAACACACGGUUGCUGAUUGUAGGAGUUCCGUUUUGUUAUGAGUUCCAGUUUUUAGGUAGUUAUUUUGUUAUUUGGGGAACCAAAUGAAGCCUGACUUGUCAUUUGAUGCCAUCGCCGUGAAACUAAGUUCUUUUUGUGUCUGCAUUUUGUGGAGAAGCAAAGAAAGAAAGGAUGAGAAGAAGAAUCUCAGGCGAGUUGGCAGCUGGCCUGAAGCUGUAUGCAUCCCCGGGGUAACAGCCCUGUCUACGAAAGGUGUGGUUAGGCAAUGAAUCCUUUUCCAGUGGAAAUGCCUGAUUCUUUUUCUUCCUUGAUGGCCCUUCCUCCAAAAAACGGUUUCUCAUUUUUCCCAGAGAAGGCAUUUCACAGUGACUGACAAGACAUUCUCUCGCCAGCUACUAAGCAAAAGCAAUGUGUGCAACUGGCCAUAGUUUCCAGCCUUAGCCUUCCCAGAGCGUGGACACUUAGUUUU